AUGAGUGACAACAACAACGAUGCCAUGUAUGAAGAGUAUAUGGCAAAGGCCAAAAAAUUCGGGAAAGAUGGAAUGCUCACAGAGGCUAUGAGGUUCCUGCAAUCGGCGCAGCGUUUCAAGAAAACGGAGAAGGUUGCCAGGAGAAUCGAGGCUCUCCAAGCUGUGAUCGAUCAAGGCACGAGCUCAGAUGAAAACGAUGAACAGGUUCAGACACUUGAACGGGGGAUGAAGAUGGACAAAGAGAUCUACGAGAAGCUUUAUCCCCAUCAGCGAGAAGGUGUCCAGUGGAUGUGGGACGCUGUUCAUUUGGGCAAUGAAAGUCUACCAACUUCGCAACGGAUCAAGGGCGGUUUGCUUAGCGACGAUAUGGGUCUCGGAAAGACCAUCCAGGUGGCAGCGUUCAUCGGCGCUCUACUCGAUAUGGGCGAAGCGCGGCACUUCUUGAUCAUCGUUCCCACCUCGUUGAUUCCGAACUGGGAGGCUGAGCUCCGCAAGUGGGUGCCCAAUGUCUCCCAGUUUCGCUUCUCUGGCGAUAUUGCGAAAAGAAAGCGCGAGAGAGAUCUUUAUCACGCCCAAGCCUGUCGGUCAGCCGUUGUCAUUGCCUCCUACGGCGUCUGCCGUACGAGCAUGGACGCUCUCAACUCGAAGAACGGACGGGACUGGACAUGGCCUUACAUGAUCUUGGACGAAGCCCACAACAUCAAAAAUGCUAGCCGUAAAUCGUCAAAGGCAAUCGACGGGAUAAAGUCAACGCACCGACUUCUUCUGACCGGUACACCAGUGAUGAACAAACUCGUCGAUUUCUUCACUCUGAUGAGCGUUAUGAGCCAAGAUAGAAUUCUUGACAUGAACCAGGCUACCUUUAAAAAUGAGUAUCAAAAGCCGAUCGAGAUAGGACGAACCAAAAAUGCGCGUUCCUACGAGGUCCAUCGAGCGAACAUGCUUAGCAAGGUGUUGCGCGACAAGACUGAUUUCUGGAUUCUAAGAAGGACCAAGGAUGAAGUCAACGAGAAAGCAGAAUCGGGAGGCUCGGGAGACGGGCCUUCUUUCCCAGAACUUCCUCCGAAGAAUGACUUCGUACUUUGGUGCAAGAUGACAGCGAAACAAAUGAAAAUUUACAAGGAUUUCUUGUCAUCAGACGACGUGCGAAAUGCAUUGAUGGCGAAGGCAUCUCCCCUUGUGCAAUGCACGGUGUUGAAGAAAAUCUGCGAUCAUCCGCGCAGAAUGGCCAACAAUGCUUGUCGCGCGGCCGGUUUAUUUGAAGGUUCUUUCAAUGAGACUUUGGCUAACGAAUGCGCAGCGAACAGAAUUCAUGAUUGCGACUUGGACACACUCCUCGAGGAGAGUGGAAAGAUGAAAGUCUUGUCAGAGCUUGUUGACGCCAUCAUUCCAGCUAAAAUGCUUAUCUUCUCGCAGUCGAUUAAAAUCUUGGAUAUUGUCGCGAAAAUUCUGGAGGAGAAAGACAUUAACUACAUGCGAAUGGAUGGAAAAGACAAGAUCCCUGUGCGAGAUGAGAAGGUGCAGAGAUUCCAGAGAGACGAGAGGAUCAAGAUUUUUAUGCUGACUACAGGAGUAGGUGCCGUUGGAUUGACAUUGACUGCAGCUACUCGAGUCAUUGUGUUCGAUCCCGAUUGGAAUCCAUCGCGAGAUGACCAAGCUGUUGACCGGGCCUAUCGAAUUGGGCAAGUUCGACCUGUGGUAGUAUUUCGGCUAAUUACCUGCGACACUAUCGAAGAGAAAAUCUACCGAAAGCAGCUCUUCAAGAAGUCCAUCAUCAGCCAGAACAACGGCGAAAACGACGAUCCAACAAGACUCUUCACGGACUCCGACAUUCGUGAAUUGUUCAAUCCACCAGUUUCCGAUGCGGAAAACAUGUGCUCAGAGACACAGAAGGCGUUAGCCGUCGUUGCUAAAAAACGAAAAGUCUACCCUCAACUACUUGAACUACUGGAGAAAUUGAAUACCUUCAAAAGCUUCCACGCAGGUAUUCACGAUCAUGACCUGGCAUUUGAAGCGCCUGACGUUCAAAAGGAAGAACUGACUGAGGAGGACAAGCAAAAUCUGAGAAAAAUCGCUGCCACUGUUGGAACUGGUGGACAAAGCGUCAAGAAGUACUACCCGAAGGAUGUCGACUUGCCAAAAGAAGCUAUUCCCUAUCCGCAAUAUCCACCUCGUAAUCCUUUAACGGAGAACUCGAAUGUUGACUUCUCAAGAAUACCGUUCCAGAAACCUAAUUUCGACGAUCUCUCCGCAGGUACAUCGAGCGGAGAAAAUUCGGGAAAGGCGCGAAUCUUUGGAAACUCGCUUGAUUUCGUUCGUCCAAUAAAGAAAGAAGAGCCAGGUGAAGCUUACAAACAAAACAUGUGGAGAAAGCCGGAGCCGCCUAUGCUGCCAAAGAUGGAGUCACAAGUGGUUUCUCUUAUUUCCAGCGAAGAGGAUCUUUCGCCAGUCCCAGAACGGAAGGUGUAUCGCGCAGAUAAUAUCUAUACGAACUCGCCGCAUUUUAACCGCAUGAACAUGGAUAAGUUAAAUACGACCCCGGACGAUUAUAUGAAGAAAAGACUUUUCAAGGAAUCUCCAUCAUCUUCUCCAAGUGCAAGAGAUGAAAGACCGAGUCAGACAAACCCAACUCGAAGAAGCAAGCUCAACAUUGACGCGCAAUCUGACGAUAGCAAUGAUGAUGAUCAGAUGGAGCUUGAAAUUGUUGGUGGCUCCGCCAGCGCACAAAUCAAUCAUUUGGAGCAGACUUUUUUUCCCGAGGCACGCCCAUCACUUAAUUCAACAAUUGCUCCUCCGAAACGUAUCGCAGCGCUCAUCGAGGAUGACUUGAACGAGUCCGUUAGCAAUAUGUCUAUCGGAGGUGAUGAACCUUUUGAGGACGAUGAUGACGAAAAAUCACCCCUCCCAACGAGUCCCAAAAAGUCACAGGCAAAUCGGGAGGUGUCAGUCCUUGAUGAUGCGGUGCAGGUGACACAAAGAUUCGCGCCUGGUGAAUUCAAAUUCGACAGCUUCGAUACGGAAACGACAGACCCGGCUAAGAACCAAUCGAACCCUGAUGGCACAAUGAGUGGAAUCGGUGAUCUUCCACAAGAUCUGGACUUGAAGCAAGAUGAAGAUUUCGACUCUGAUGCAACGGCAGACUCUUACGAACUGCAGAUUGAUGAACGCUCUUCUUCGAUGAUUUAUCAGCAUAUAAGAGAAACGUCUAAGCAUUCCAAGCCCGACGAUAUAAAACCCGGUGAUGCUCACGAACUAACUACAGAAGAAGCAUCAGAUUUACUUUUCGGCGGUUCAAGCGACUCUGACGAUUCCCCUGAUCAGCCCCAGAAGAGUCACUCCUCGAACGGGUUGCACGUGUCUGAUAGUCAAUCCGCAAACUCAUCCUCGAGACGGUCAUUCAAUCCAAUUCUGGCCCCAGAUACCCAGAAACCACCAGAGAAUUCUUUCUUAUUCGACUCUCAAGCUAAUGUAUCUUCAAUGAUUGCCGAGACUACUGGUGAAAUAGUCGACUCAGAGGAAGAAUAUAAUAACAUUUUGCACAAUGCGUCCGUCUGUGCUUCCCGGAAGAAGCGAAAAUUUAAACGGCGCUCUCAGCUGCCUCCUCGUCAAGAGACUGACGACGAAGAUGACCCUGAAGAGAGUAUAGUCGAAGACAUGGACGAUGAUAUGGGCAGCUUCAUUGACGAUGGGUCAGAGAUCAAUGAACAGUCGGUCUCUGAUGACGAGUCCAUGGAAGCUGAAGAUCACUUUGACUCGGAGGACGAGCGACCUGUAAAGCGUAAGGCCAAGUACGGUAGAAUCGUGGAAUUGGAAUCCGAUGAUGACGAAACUCCAGAUGACCUCGAGUCAGACGAUGAUGAUUUUAUGAAGAAGCGAGUAGGUCGAAGAAAUGUAAUCAACUCUGAUUCUGACUCUGACUGA